CGCCGCUCUCUGUGUCACUUCACGUCAUUGCGUGCGUAUUUGGCGCGCGGUGGCGGCUGCCGCGGCCCUCAGCCCGCCUGGUGCCGCCUUCCCUUUCCUCGCACGCGCGUUCUUCCACGGAGGUUCUUCCGUAUCUUUCCUCCUGCUCAGCGCGGCGCUGCCUGGAGGGCACAGGAGGAUGGCGGCGGCGGUAGGCGGGGGGCCUGGGCCCGUGGCUCAGGGGCUGAAGGAGGCGCUGGUGGAGACCCUGAACGGGAUCCUGUGCCCGGUGCAGGGGGUGCGCGCCGCUGCUGAGGAACAGGUGAAGGUGUUGGAGGUGACCGAGGAAUUUGGUGUACACUUGGCGGAAUUGACUGUAGAUCCCCAAGGAGCGCUGGCCAUUCGUCAGCUGGCUUCUGUGAUCUUGAAACAAUAUGUGGAAACUCAUUGGUGUUCCCAGUCAGACAAGUUUAGACCUCCUGAGACUACAGAAAGGGCAAAAGCUGCCAUUAGGGAACUGCUUCCCAGUGGGUUGCGAGAAUCAAUUAGUAAAGUACGCUCAAGUGUUGCCUAUGCAGUUUCAGCAAUAGCUCACUGGGAUUGGCCUGAAGCUUGGCCUGAGCUUUUCAAUCUGUUGAUGGAAAUGCUUGUCAGCGGAGAUCUGAAUGCAGUGCAUGGAGCUAUGCGAGUGCUUACAGAGUUUACUCGGGAGGUGACAGACACACAGAUGCCCCUUGUAGCUCCUGUUAUUCUUCCUGAGAUGUACAAGAUUUUUACAAUGGCAGAGAUUUAUGGUAUUCGUACAAGGUCACGUGCUGUAGAAAUCUUCACCACUUGUGCCCAUAUGAUCUGUAACAUGGAAGAAUUGGAAAAGGGAGCAGCGAAAGUUCUUAUUUUCCCUGUGGUGCAGCAAUUCACUGAAGCCUUUGUUCAGGCUCUGCAACUGCCUGAUGGCCCUACAUCAGAUAGUGGACUUAAAAUGGAAGUUUUAAAGGCAGUGACUGCCUUAGUGAAGAACUACCCAAGACACAUGAUUUCCUCCAUGCAACAGAUCCUUCCUAUUGUUUGGAAUACACUUACAGAAAGUGCAGCCUUUUAUGUGAGAACAGAAGUAAAUUACACAGAAGAAGUAGAGGACCCAGUGGAUUCUGAUGGUGAAGUUUUGGGCUUUGAAAACCUAGUAUUCAGCAUAUUUGAGUUUGUUCAUGCUCUGUUGGAAAAUCACAAAUUUAAAAGCACAGUGAAGAAAGCUUUGCCAGAGCUAAUAUAUUACAUCAUUCUCUAUAUGCAGAUCACAGAAGAGCAGAUAAAAGUCUGGACUGCAAACCCACAACAAUUUGUUGAGGAUGAAGAUGAUGAUACAUUUUCUUACACAGUUAGAAUUGCUGCACAAGACUUAUUGCUGGCUGUUGCGGCUGAUUUCCAGAAUGAAAGUGCGACAGCAUUGGCUGCAGCAGCUACAAGACACUUGCAGGAAGCUGAACAAGCUAAAAAUAAUGGUGCUGAGCAUUGGUGGAAGAUACAUGAAGCUUGCAUGCUGGCUUUAGGUUCUGUCAAAUCACUUAUCACAGACAGUGUGAAGAAUGGUAGAAUACACUUUGACAUGCAUGGAUUUCUAACAAAUGUUGUACUUGCAGACCUCAACCUGUCAGUGUCUCCUUUUCUCCUUGGUCGUGCUCUUUGGGCUGCCAGUCGCUUCACAGUUGCAAUGUCUCCAGAGCUCAUCCAACAGUUCCUACAAGCCACAGUCAGUGGUCUUCAUGAAACUCAACCCCCUUCUGUGAGAAUUUCUGCAGUAAGGGCUAUUUGGGGCUACUGUGACCAGCUGAAGAUCUCUGAAAGCACCCAUGUCUUACAGCCUUUUCUUCCCAGUAUCCUCGAUGGACUAAUACACUUAGCAGCUCAAUUUAGUUCCGAGGUCCUCAAUCUCGUGAUGGAAACACUUUGCAUUGUCUGCACAGUAGAUCCAGCCUUUACAGCAAGUGUAGAGAACAAGAUCUGCCCCUUCACCAUUGCCAUCCUUCUCAAAUAUAGUAAUGAUCCUGUUGUUGCCUCUCUUGCCCAAGAUAUCUUCAAGGAAUUAGCACAAAUUGAAGCCUGCCAAGAUGCAAUGCAGAUGAGGUUAAUCCCAACUCUUGUCAGUAUCAUGCAGGCUCCUGCUGAUAAGAUUCCAGCAGGGCUUUGUGCGACUUCGAUAGACAUAUUAACAACUGUUGUGAGAAAUACUAAACCUCCGCUAUCACAGCUCUUAAUCUGCCAAGCUUUUCCUGCUGUGGCUCAGUGUAGCCUACACACAGAUGACCAUGCUACCAUGCAGAAUGGUGGUGAGUGUCUACGUGCAUAUAUUUCAGUAGCUCUGGAGCAAAUUGCACAGUGGCACGAUGAGCAAGGCCACAAUGGACUUUGGUAUGUGAUGCAGGUGGUGAGCCAGCUUCUUGAUCCACGCACUUCAGAAUUCACAGCUGCCUUUGUAGGCAGAUUAGUUUCAACGUUGAUUUCUAAAGCAGGGAGUGAAUUGGGAGAGAAUCUGGACCAGAUUCUGAGAGCAAUUCUUAGUAAAAUGCAGCAAGCAGAAACCCUCACUGUAAUGCAGUCUUUGAUCAUGGUAUUUGCUCACCUGGUUCAUUCACAGCUUGAACCGCUAUUAGAAUUUCUUUGUAGUCUACCGGGGCCAACAGGCAAGCCAGCUCUAGAGUUUGUAAUGUCAGAGUGGAUGAGUCGACAGCAUUUGUUUUAUGGACAGUAUGAGGGCAAGGUCAGCUCUGUAGCCCUGUGUAAACUUCUCCAGUAUGGUAUUAAUACAGACGACAAGCGACUGCAGGAUAUCAGGGUAAAAGGGGAAGAAAUAUUUAAUAUGGAAGAAGGAAUACGCACACGAUCAAAAGCAGCCAAAAAUCCUGAACGCUGGACAAACAUUCCAUUGUUAGUUAAAAUCUUAAAGUUGAUAAUAAAUGAACUUUCUAAUGCAAUGGAAGCAAGUGCCUCUCGACAAACUGCUGCAGAUUGGAGUCAAGAGGAAUCCAAUGAUAUGUGGGAAGAUCAAGAAGAUGAUGAGGAAGAAGAAGACGGAUUAACAGGACAGCUGCUGUCAGAUAUUCUUGCCACAAACAAGUAUGAUGAAGAUUAUUACGAGGAUGAUGAUGAGGAUGAUCCAGAUGCACUGAAGGAUCCUUUGUAUCAGAUAGACCUACAGGCUUAUCUUACAGAUUUCUUAUGUCAGUUUGCACAGCAACCUUGCUAUGCCAUGUUCUCCGACCAUCUAAAUGAGAACGAGAGAAGAGUUCUUCAGACCAUUGGCUUAUAAAACCAGAUAAUUGUAAACAUAUCUGGAUAAUAUCUUUCUGGUUUAUUUCAUGUUUUGUGACUUAAACAUGAAACACCUUCCAUUAUUCACCAGAUGUGAUUAUCUUUACUUUGAAGUACUGUUCCUUAUCUUAUCAUGAUGUGGGUUAAGAGAAGGAUUGUUGAAGGCAGGUGUGCAUAGAAUUUUGCACACUGGUUUCGCACAAGGGGAACACUAUUCUUCAGAUCAGCUUUGCAAGAGAUCAUUAAAGUAAGGUGAUCUAAAGCCAACUUUUUCUUCUCCACUUCUCUAACUUUUCACAGCACAGCUUAACGGAAUGAGGAAGACGGCAUGGCUGUCAAUAGCUUGUUCGGAUGUGUAUUGAAAUUGGGAAGUUUUGUCCCACUUUGCACUUCUGUUACACAGGGUAAAUUAUCUUGAUCUUACCAUAGGACAUCUUUUUAUAGACACUUGAAUAAAAUGGAGUCCACUUACAAUACAAGAGUUUGGUUUAAAACCUGAAAAAUAAAAUUAAUUGUUUACCAUUCAUAGAUGGAGGGUGAAUGACUUCCAUUUGGGCUCUCUUACUUUCAUAAUUCUUUACUAAAGAUAUCAUGCACCCAUAUUGAGUAGACUUGCUAAAUUAAAAACUCAGUUCCUGUGGUUACUGAUGACUUUGGUUUUGUAACCAAACUUUUUUAUACAAAAACUUGAUUGUAUUUAACUUGUCUAUUUCCUCCAUUAACGCCUUUCUCAAAUACUUUUUGCUUCCUUCAAACACAUGAAUUAUCCAAAAUGGCUAAGCUGUAGUCCACAAAUUAGUAUGUGUAUUUUUAUAGGGCAGUAAAAUUAACAUUUACUGACUAAUCUGCAAGUACAGUGAUACAUCUCACAACACCUCUUUGCCUUUUUCUCCCUUUUGGGGAAACAUUAAAAUAAAACUGUUCAAACAUCCAUUGGUAUCUUUCUUUCUUAAAGAUUCAGGUAACAAAAUUGCAUCUUUUGGUCAUUCUUUAAAUGCUACACAUGAAAAACAAAUCAUUGCCACUAAGGGAGUAUCUUUCUCCAGUUGUCAUCGUCUGCAUUGAAUUGUGUAUUUUCAUAUUUAAUUUGCUCCCAUUAGGUAGGUUGAGACUGAGAGACUACUGAAUUUUUAUGAUACUUCUCUUCCUUGCAUAAUGUGCUUUAAAGCGGAAAUCUUUUUUCUUAAUUAUUAAAUCCUAAAUUAAUUUUUCUGUGUUGGCUUCACAUAGAAAGUAAAUUGUUCAAGGCAUUUCAGUAUAGUGGCCUCGUUUGCAUGUUACAUAAAACUAUACUUAAAAACAAGCUAUGCUUGAAUGUGAAUGUGCAGCAUGCCAUGCUGCUGAAAAGUUCUUGCUCUGUUCUUCCCUCACUACUAAUGCUGUCACACUGCUAAGAAACAACCUGAACCUCAGUCACCUUGUUUUCCUUAAACCAUGCGCAGUAAGUCAAGAACAAACUGGUUGCCUCUCACAGUUUGAAGAAAAACUAUGAGUCUGGGUUUGGACAUCACAACAAUCGAGACUCUGGCUGGAUGACAGCAGCAGAGGGAGAGGGGGAGCAGAGCAAGAACUUUUCGGUAACAGUUUUUAACUAUGAGUUAAUGGGACUUUUGAACUAGGUCAUCCACAGAUGUUUAACAGAGCUUCCAUUGAUGAAUCUGACUGGUGCAUGGUGUGCCUAUCUCCUAAACUAAGUUGAGGCGCUCCUUUCUUUCUUUGUCUUAGGAAGGGGGAAAUAAAGAGGUAUUACAUAGCUGGUUUCACUGGUAUUUAUGUUAAAGGUUCCAUGAGUCUUCCAAAAUCAGUAACACAAUCUUAAAGGCUUUAUGAUCCACCAACUUUGCAAAAAUACAAUGGAGACAUUUCAUGUGUGUAUUACACAACUGCAGUCAGCUUGGAUUAGAAACUGUUUGAUGAAGCAGAGUGGUGGUUGCCAGGUCUGAAAACUGCUCUGCAUUUACCUUGCUUUAUUCAUGUUAGUGGAUAAAAUAUCAUGAACCAUUCUAGCACAAAGGAAGGUAGACAUUUUAGGAUGGUUUUGUUUAGUAGCUGGCAAACCCUGACUUGAGACUUCAACUGCAUUAUUACAGGAUGGUACCAAGGAGAAAACAACAGUAGUGAUACAGCAAGGUAAAAAAGAAUAGAAAAAUGUUAGGGCCAAACUUAAUUUUGCACGAUGUGUGUGAGAAAGAUACCAUUAACUGAGGGACCAAUGUUAACUGUAGUUUUUCUCUCUAAAUUAAUUGGAAUAUGUGGGCACACUUGGACCAGAUAAAUAAUAAUUCAUUUAUUCAUCACCUUUUACAUAUAGGCGAUUUACAAACAUACCAUUAAAAACAGUUCAAAAACAAUACAAAAGAGUGAAGAUAGGUGUUCAUUUUGUAUUAUUACACCUAAUUGAGAUACUAUAUGCAGGAUGCAUUUCUUUCCACCUCAGUUAAUAAAUAUUAGACAUGUGCUUGACUUGAAGUGUGUGAAAGUGAUAACCCUGGAUAAUGAUACUUUGUUUCCACAAUCUGCCGGUAAGGAGAAAUCUCUUUGAAGCUAUGUUCUGCAUUUGUUUGGUUCUUGAAGGCUAUUACCUGAGUUACAGGAUUAAAAAUAAACAUUUUUUAAAAAAAUGUAAAUAUAAACCAAGGAUGUCUAAUACUCGGUAUACUAUAAGAAACCAACUUUAUUUUCCUACUGUCACUCAAUACCAUUUUCAUCUAUUAUUGUACAACAUAAUUAUUAAAUGUUUAUUGCGUAAAGAUUUUUUAAAAAUAACUUGGAUCCUGCUCCUCACACUGCUCCAAAGUUCUUCCAGAGGGCUGUGAAAUAGCAGUUAACUGCAUAUGUAUCUUCAUGCAUAUGCUUGGCAUGUAGCUGAAGUGACAGCACUGGUUUGAACAAUGAGACACCUCUCUGCCGGGUGACAUAAAGCGGAGUGCAGUUUCUAGCACUCCACAAAUUUAGGACUAUUUUUUGUGCCAACAGAAACCUAUAGAUUAGACUCUUGAGUGAUUUGUCUUCAAGGUCAUAUAUAUAUAUAGCCAGUGUUCUUGUGAAGGUACCCACUUUAAAUGUCUUUUCCUAAUGAAAAAACUAUAUAUGUUACACACAGUAAGGAAUAUUCCUACCGUUUAUCUCUGUAACAACAGUCCAUGUAGCUAGACUGGAGAUAACCAAGAACAAGACUUUACAUAGUUUAUAAACCAUUUUUAAAUUGAAGCUGAAUUUAUGGGAACAGUGGCUUGCCUGAAAUGUCAACACCAAUUAUUGUUUUGAAUAGGGCACUCAAAUAGUGGUGAUAUUUCUGACUUUUAAAACUAAUCUGUUUAUAUUAUCUUACCAAAAAUAUUUGGGUGAACUGUUAAAAAUAGAUGCCUUAACAGCUUUUUUGUGCUCAAAGUAGGCAACUUGAAAAAAGGCCAGUUAGCUGAAAACCAUCUGUGAUACAACCAACUUUAAAGACCAAGCAUUAAACUUUUAUACUUCAGUGGUUUACUCUUCUGUUUACUUUUUUAUAGUUUGUCUAUAAAAUGUGUUUUACAUUAAGAGAACUGUAAAAAUAACAUCCUGUGUUUGAAGUACAUAAAGCUAAAGUGUAAACUCAGGAGUUAAUAGCUCAGGAUAGCAUAUUAAACUAUUAUUUAGGAUACUAGAAACAGUUUUUGUCUCAUAUAUAUUCAUUGUCCUUUUUUCAGUAAUUCUUAUUGUAAUCUUAAACUAUCUUUGCACACUAAAGAAUGGACUUAGAGUACCUCAUGGUUUUUUUGCUACUUAAAAUGAAUGCCUGACUCGUACAUCUAUGCCAGACUCUUUGAUGAAGGAAAAUGCAAGCAACUUUUGUCAUUUUAUAUGUAUUUAUCUUGCUAAGGAACUCUAAUAUAAAUUGAACAGGGAUUAGGUCAAAGGCAGUUCUAGAAUCUGAGCUAUAGAUAUCCAUAAAUAUUGUUUGUGUCUUGAUUCUGUGUUUAUAAAACGUAAUAAAUUCUAUAAAUGUAAAA